GAUCAGGGUGGCCUAAAUCCUGACAUGUUGGGAGUCACUGAAGGGGUGUUCCUGGUUCUGAUUGUCACUGAGUUUAUUCUUGGAAAUCUGGUGAAUGGUUUCGUUGGGUUGGUCAAUGGCAGCCACUGGCUUAAGAGCAAGAAAAUGUCUUUGUCUGACUUCAUCAUCACCAGCUUGGCCCUCUUCAGGAUCAUUCUGCUGUGGAUCAUGUUUAUUGAUGGCCUUAUAAUAGUGUUCUCUUACCACACCCAUGACUCAGGGAUAAUGAUGCAACUCAUUGACAUUUUCUGGACAUUUACAAAUAACUUCAGUAUUUGGCUUGUCUCUUGUCUCAGUGUUUUCUACUGCCUAAAGAUAGCCAGUUUCUCCCACCCCACAUUCCUCUGGUUCAAAUGGAGAGCUUCCAGAGUGGUUGUUGGGAUGCUGUGGGGUGCACUGCUCUUAUCCUGUGUCUGUACCAUGUCUCUGAUGAAUGAAUUUAAGAUCUAUUCUGUCUUCAGCGGAAGCAAAGAAACACCCAAUAUGACUGAAUACAUCAGACUGAAAAGAAGUGAAUACAAUCUGACGCGUGUUCUUGGGAAUCUGUGGAAGCUUCCUCCCUUAAUUGUUUCCCUGACUGCCUCCUUCCUGCUCCUUUUCUCUUUGAGGAAGCACACACAGCAGAUGCAGCAAUACAAUAUUGGUUCCAGAGACCAGAAUACUGAGGCCCACGAAAAAGCCAUCAGAAUCAUCUUCUCCUCCCUCUUACUCUUCCUAUUCUACUUUCUUUCCUUUCUAAUUUUGUCAUUAAGUCGUUUCCUACCAGCCACCAAGACUGCCAGGAUAAUUGGUAUGGUAAUUACAAUGUCAUACUUCAUUGGUGACUCAUUUAUUCUCAUUCUAUGUAACAAGAAGCUGAAGCAGACAUUUGUGGCGAUGUUCCCAUGUGAGUGCGGUCAUUUGAAGCCUGGAUCUAAGGGACCCAUUGCUUCAUAA